UUAUCUAUGACCAUUAAGGAUUUAUUUUAAAAUUAUGUGAUAACUGAACAUCUGAAAUGCACUGCAUAAUUUGGCCAUUGUUAAGUCAGCACCUGUAAUCAGAAAAGCCAUAUUUUAUUGUCAUUGUUUGUUACAAGAGCGUACAUGAUGGCCGAUAACAGUGGCACAAAUGAGUCCACAGGAAGUGGCUCAAGUGGGUCCACAGGAAGUAGCAGUAAUACUGAAGGCAAUGCAGGACAACAGACUGGAGGAUCUGUAUUGACAUUGAUGUUGUCUAAGAAGAUAGAAUCAGCUCUGUGGAUCACCAGAAUCUUCACCAUUGCCUGUACCUUUCUCUUCUUCUUUCCUAUUGUUGGUGGUAGCCCAUAUGGAUUUUAUCAGCGAGCAUUAAUCAGUAAUGCUGCUACAAGUGCACUGCGACUACAUCAACGAUUACCAAACUUUCAGCUGAACAGACAGUUUUUAUCCCUGUUGUUAGCAGAAGACAGCUGUCAUUAUUUGAUUUAUUCCCUUAUGUUUAUGAACAGCUAUCCAUUAACAAUGUCUCUAAUUCCUAUCUGUUUGUAUGCAGUGUUACAUGCAUGUAACUUUACAGUACAAAUUUUGAAUGUUAUGGGUCCACAGUCUAUUCAGUUUGUCAGAAAUAUGAUAACCAAACUGCAGGCUCAGCAAAUCAGUAUACUGAGAUUUAUAGCCUGUACUGAGAUAUUUAUUAUGCCAGCUGUCUUUUUAAUGACAUUUACAGGUAAAUGUUCCUUGUUCUUACCAAUCAUCUACUACAGAUUUCUUCUACUGAGAUAUUCCUCCAGGAGAAACCCAUACUGCAGGACUCUGUUCCAUGAACUAAGAGUAACUAUAGAAUAUUUAUGUAACAAGCCUCAAUGUCCAGCUAUGGUUAAGAAUAUGUUAACCAAGAUUAUAGCUUUCAUUUCAAGGCUGGCUCCUACUGUAGCAUAGAAGUGAUCUCCAAUCAGAAGGUGAGAAAGUUGGACAGGAAGUACAGAGUGUGUCUGUUUGAAAUUAAGAUAAUGUGUUCAGAUGUAUCAGCAGCUGAUUGUAAUAGAUGUGAACAUUGAGGAGGAUUUGUGAUAUGUUGUCUAUUGUAAUUGCGACUUGCGACUACUAUAUGUUUUCCAAAAUAUUGAAGAAAAAAAUAUUUUCUUUAAUAAGUUAUUGAUUAGCUUUUAUAUUUUAUACUCAAAAGACAAAUAAGAUAAGGGAUUUUUGCACCAUAAUUGAUGAAAAUUUUGUCUUUAUGUAGCUGAAAGCAUUUAAAUGCUUGAAUCAGAACUAUUUUUCUUUGGAACAAGUUUUCACUGUUUUUAUGCCCUAUCAUCUAGUGUUACCUUUGUCUGUCCUUCCAUUAUAUUGAAAUCCAACUGUAGUCCAACAGACUUUUUUUAUUACACCAGAUUUUUGGUUUAUUAGUGUAUAGUGGUGGAGUUACAGAUCAACAUCUCUUUUCACAAAAAAAUUAUUUCAGUAUAACUUACAAUCAAUUUUAGUUGUAAGAUUGUUUGUGAAAAGAACCCCAGGUUCUUAUCAAUAAUCUACAUUUCUUGGACAUGAAACAGACUAUUUUCUGACACUAUGUUGAUUUGGUUUACAUUAUGGAAUUUCUGUCACAGAUUCCCAUUUAUAGGAUCCACUUUAUUUAGCCAGAUGGCAUCACAUAAUGUCAAAUCACCAGUUUUUAAAUUGGUGCCACUAAGGAGCAGGAACCAUGUUUUUUUUAUAAUAUUUAUGUAAAUCAAUCUCUAGAUUUCUAUGUAGGAAUUUGUCGAUUGUUGUUUGUCAGUUUUUCUUUCUCGUGGCCAUGAUGUUGUCUGUCUUUUUCAAAUUAGUGUUUUAUUGCCCCAUAGCAUUUUCACUCCAUUUUUUGGCAUCAGACUGGGUAUUUAUGUAGUUUCAACACAUCCAGUUCAUUAACCAUAAGGACCAACCAUCGUUUAUUUGUGUCAUCCAUCUCUUUUUCUCCACCAAAUGCAUUUUUAAUUUAACUUUUAAUUUUUUGGGAGAAGACAUUGUUAAGUAAUACUUGUGACUGAUCCAUUUGUCAUUUUGAACAAUAAAAUAUGUUUAAAAAAACUGAAUUGCUUUUUUCUUUUCGUUUCGUUAAUGUAAGAUAGUAGUAGGCCUUUUGCUCUCUGACCUGAAAUAUUUUUCUUUUGUAAUUUUUACUGAAAUACACCAGAAAUAAAAAAUAACUCCAUAAAAAAAUACCUGGUUUCAAUCCAAAAGUUAUGAGAAAACAGAGUUAACUUUCCAUCCCCCUCCUUUUGUUCUGGUUUGGUAGAGUUAAAGCAGCACAGAUAAAGAUGGUAAUAUUGCUGCAUCGAAUUCAUAGUGUCAUUACAUUAAAAACUGUGGAUAUUCAUGAUAUUAUUUAGUGUAAAACUGUAGUUCAAUGCCAUUCAUAGAUGCUACAGUGUUUCAGUGGUAAAAGUUUAUAUAUUUGGAAAGUGAUGUUUUCUUACUAAACUUUGUGGAAUAUUUAGGUCUGAACUGUUGUGUGAUACAUGUAUAUAGGUGUGCAAUAUAAUGUAUUUAUUUACUUGAAAAAAUGUUUUCCUUUGCAUGUUGGUACAAAAAUGAAAUAUCUAUAUAAUACUGUGUGAGAAGUCCCACCAAGUGAAUUGUUCUUAUUUACAGUGACAAAGGGUAAUACAUCUGUCAACUAAUAAUAGUCAAUAGAAAUUCACUCAGUCUCACAGUAGGUAAGGAUACUAAUGACACUAUGUUGUUGUGUAUUUGUUUUUAAUUAUAUAGAUGAUUUAAAUGCUGUAUUUAUAUCACUUGUAUUUUGAGUUAGAGGGAAGUAUCUUGUCCAAGACAACAUCUAGAUACAGUGUGAAAGAGAGAAAACUGACCUUGAUUCUAUGAAGCAAUUUUGAAAUAGUCUCAAUUAGAAAUAGCAUUUAUGGCAUUAACAUCAUAACAUGAUAUUCAAGAAGGAUUUGUCAAGUUGUUGUAAAAAGUUCUCAAAAUAAAUUCUCAAAUUAUUAACAAUAUAAGAGUGAGGUGCUUUUGAGCACUUUUUACAACAACUUAACUGCUUUAAAAAAUCUCACACCUACUAUAGCCAAUGACCAUUAAACAUUAAAUCUACUGAAUUUGAAUAAUAAACCUACACUAUAUGAUUUGGUUAUAAAAAAGUAUGCAUUCAGUCUAAAUACAUGUAUAAUUUUUAAGGUGUAUUUAGGUAGUGCUACGAAAUCUGUGGCAUAAUGCAAAUUAUUGUAAUAUUAGAGAAUAUAUAGAAAUUUUAUUUGUAGUAAAAUAUAGACAUAUAUAUAUGUUUGCUGAGGAAAUCUGAAGUUUACCAUUGUCAUGCUUUACAGUCUUGUCUUUUAGUGAUCACAUGGUCAUUUACAUCCUGGUCUUUUUAGUGAUCACAUGGUCAUUUACAUCCUGGUCUUUUUAUUGAUCACAUGGUCAUUUACAUCCUGGUCUUUUUAUUGAUCACAUGGUCAUUUACAUCCUGGUCUUUUUAUACGACCGCAAAAAAAUUUUUGUGGUCAUAUAUUGGUAUGAAGUUGGUGUCGUCGUCGUCGUCGUCCGGCGUUGUCGUCGUCGUCCAGCGUCGUCGUCCGAAGACGCAUUAGUUUUCGCACUCUAACUUUAGUUUAAGUGAAUGGAUCUCUAUGAAAUUUUACCAUAAGGUUCAAUACCACAAAAGGAAGGUGGGGAUUGAUUUUGGGGGUUAUGGUACCAACAGUUAAGGAAUUAGGGGCCAAAAAGGGGCCAAAAAUAAGCAUUUUCUAGUUUCCAGACAAUAACUGUGGAACGGUGUAUGGAUCUCUCUGAAAUUAUACUACAAGUUUCCAUACCACAAAGGGAUGGUUAGGAUUUGCUUUGGGGGGUUAUGGCUCAAACCGUUUAAGAAUUAGGGGCAAAAAAGGGGGAAAAACAAGGUUGUCCUGGUUAAUGGACAAAUACUUUAGUACAAAACAUAAUUUAAAGCAGUGUAAGGGAGAUAAAUCAAAUACAUCAUUGAAAUUAUCUCCCUUACACUGCUUUUAAAUUAUGUAUAAAGUAAUGGUUAAUGAAUAAUUAAGAUAUUUUAAAACAGUGUAAGGGAGGUAAUCCAAAUACAUCGUUUUGGUUACUUCCCUUACACUGCUUUUAAAUUAUGUUUAAAGAAAUGCAUAUUUAUAAAGGAAGACCAGUAAAAAUAUCUGCAAAUGUUGCAUCUUUUUUUUUUACAAAAAAAUCCAUAUGAAAGAUUUGACACUAUAUUUUAAAUUCUAUUAUAAAAUAGAUUAAGUUAGCACUAUGGUAAAUUUAAAUGGGUAAUUAUGGUUGCAAACUCCAUUGGAAAUUUGAAUUGAGAUUAUGACCAUAUCAUGAGGGAAAGAAUUUUUUUGGGGAAAAAAGGGGGGGGGGGAGUAAAAAGAAAUUGUGGGGGGUCAAUUUUUUCUCAUUUCAGAUUUCAGAAAUUAAAAAGAAUUAUUCUUCAAAUAUUUUUUUUUUUUUUCAAAUUUCAAAUAUUGAAAAAUUUCAAGAGAAAACCUUUAUUGCACAGUAUGGCGCAUUAGAUUUGUAAAAUCUUCGACCACAUUUAUUUAUUUGUUAUGCUGAAUCUAACCUCGUAUUUAGAUUUUUAAUUUUGGGUCCAGUUUUCAAAUUGGUCUACAUUAAGGUCCAAAGGGUCCAAAAUUAAACUUUGUUUGAUUUUAACAAAAAUUGAAUAUAUGGGGUUCUUUGAUAUGCUGAAUCUUAACAUGUAUUUAGAUUUUUGAUUUUUGGCCCAGUUUUCAAGUUGGUCCAAAUUGGGGUCCAAAAUUAAACUUUGUUUGAUUUCAACAAAAAUUGAAUAUAUGGGGUUCUUUGAUAUGCCGAAUCUAACCAUGUAUUUAGAUUUUUUAUUUGUGGACCCCGCUAUCAAAUUGGUUCAUAUUGAGGUCAAAAGGGUCCAAAAUUAAACUUUGUUUGAUUUCAACAAAAAUUGAAUAUAUGGGGUUCUUUGAUAUGCUGAAUCUAACCAUGUAUUUAGAUUUUUGAUUUUUGGGCCCCGUUAUCAACUUUGUCCACAUUGAGGUCAAAAGGGUCAAAAAUUGAAUUAUUGGGGUUCUUUGAUAUGCCAAAUCUAACCGUGUUUUUAGAUUUUUAAUUUUGGGUCCCAUUUUUAAAUUGGUCUACAUUAAGGUCCAAAGGGUCCAAAAUUAAACUUAGUUUGAUUUUAACAAAAAUUGAAUUCUUGGGGUACUUUGAUAUGCUGAAUCUAAACAUGUGUUUAGAUUUUUGAUUAUGGGACCAGUUUUCAAGUUGGUCCAAGUUGGGGUCCAAAAUUAAACUUUGUUUGAUUUCAACAAAAAUUGAAUAUAUGGGGUUCUUUGAUAUGCUGAAUCUAACCAUGUAUUUUGAUUUUGGACAUUGGACCAUAAUAGGUAAAUUAAAAAAAUUGAAGUUCUUAGACCACAUUCUUUCUGUGUCAGAAACCUAUGCUGUGUCAAAUAUUUAAUCACAAUCCAAAUUCAGAGCUGUAUCAAGCUUGAAUGUUGUGUCUAUACUAACCCCAACUGUUCAGGGUUCGACCUCUGCGGUCGUAUCAAGCUGCGCCCAGCGAAGCAUUUUAUUAUUGAUCACAUGGUCAUUUACAUCCUGGUCUUUUUAUUGAUCACAUGGUCAUUUACAUCCACGGUCUUUUUAGUGAUCACAUGGUCAUUUACAUCCUGGUCUUUUUAUUGAUCACAUGGUACCGUAAGUUGUCAUACAGAUUCCUGAAGAAAUAUUUUUCUUUUGAAAAUCCAUAUAAGUAUUCUUUUUCCAUGAUACUGAACCUGUUAAAUGUAAUUAUAUGUUUCUUAAUAGAACAUCACAAUGAACCAGUUAUUCUGUAUAUGCAUGUAAUUAUUAAGCAACUUGCAAUCUAUCACAAGGAAACAACAGUAUUUCAUACUGAUUUUUAACAUUAAGUUUUUAUUUUUUAAUAACAUUAACAAUAAAAUAUCACAGUGAAGAGUGAGAGAGAAACAAAGAGACUUGCCAAAUAUAUAAUAUAACAUUUAUGUCUUUCCAAAAUAUUUGGAAAUGAUAGUAUUUUGUUUUAAAAAUGUCAGGGUUUUUUUUCAAAAAUAUUUGAAACAAUAAAGUUUUAUAUGUAUGUUAAACAGAUAUUUAUUGUAAACAGAUGUUAAAAAGAAUUACCUUAGCUAUUCUAGUGAGGUCAGGUAAAAUAAAAAAAAUUCUUUUCAAACUUAUUUUUCAUAUAUUGUAACAAGUCUUUAUGAAAGUAAAACAGAUUUGAUAUGUUAAUGUUUAGAAAUCUAGUCCUUUCAAUGGAUGCUUGAACAAUUUAAUUAAAACAUCUUUUCUACCAGA